GGUCGCUCCGCCUUCUCUCUCUCUCACUGCUUUUGGUUUCCUCUUUGUGAGAGCCCCAAACCUGCUCGCAAAGGGCAGGCAUGCUCAUUCUGGGACAAGAGGAAGUCAGUCCCUGCUCCCUGGGCCUGUGCCUCUCUGUCCCCUGCCUAGGGGAAGGGGGAAGCGAGGGUUGGGGUGGGGGGGUGGGGGCGGGGGAGAGGGCCUUUGGGGGCCCAGCCCCCCAUUCUCUCCCCGCAGAGGAAGUCAAGAUGGGGGCGGCUGUGAUUGCUCCCUGGGCCUGGAGAGGAAACUGCAGCGCGCAUGGGCUGGGGUGGGAGACUAGGAGGAAGGGGCUGGCCUGCUCUGGGGGGGUGGAGAUGAAUUUUCCACUCAUGGAAGGGGAGGAAAGGGCAGAGGGUGGGGGCUUCCUUGGGAAGCUCGGGGAUGAGUCACCAAGAGACAGGGCACUGGAGGGUGGAGAGGAUAUGGAGCCGGAUCAGGCUGGGGGGCUGUGGGCCGGCAGGGCGGCAGCAAUGGGAAGCUGCUGAUGCAGCAGCCGAGAGGAGUCAGAUUGGACGCCGGGAAGAUACAACCAGAGGUCCCCUGAGAAGGGUUAUCAAGUCUCCGAAGGGUACCCUGCCGUGAAGACCUGGUGUACACACUCUGUGCCUGAUGGAGGCAGGACAAGAUGAAACUGACCAAAGGUAGCGUGAGGGGCUCAGGCUAGAUGGCAGGAAGGACUUGGCUUGGAGAAGCACCAGAUUUAAAUUCCAGAUUAUCCGGUCGGUCUUAGGAGGCAGAGGUGGACUGAGCACUGAGCCAGCCUCAGCAGGUAUGUGCCCCAUUUUUUUCCUGCAUCACAGAGGACUCAGGAUGACCUCUGGGGUCCUGUCCUGAUCUCAAAUUCUUCUUCUUUUUUUCUAUUUUUGGUCUUUUCAGGGCCACGCCCGCAGCGUAUGGAAGUUCCCAGGCUGGGGUCAGCUCAGAGCUACAGCUGCCAGCCUACACCAGAGCCACAGCAAUGCAGGAUCCGAGCCGCGUCUGUGACCUACACCACAGCUCACAGCAACAGCCAGAUCCUUAAUCCACUGAUCGAGGCCAGGGAUUGAACCCACAUCCUCACGGAUACUAGUCAGGUUUGUUAUCACUGAGCCACAAUGGGAACUCCUGAUCUCAAAUUCUUAGAGCUCACAGCUGUGAGUGGGACUUGGAUCCUGGGACAGGGAAAGCUUGAGAUGAACUCUGGCCUCCUCCCCACCCCUUCCACUGAGGAGUCGAGUGUCAGUCUAGAGUCAGGAAGAAAAGAGAAUCCCGGCGUUCCCGUCGUGGCACAGUGGUUAACGAAUCCGACUAGGAACCAUGAGGUUGCGGGUGUGACUCCUGGCCUUGCUCAGUGGGUUAAGGAUCCGGCGUUGCCAUGAGACGUGGUUCGGAUCUGGUAUUGCUGUGGCUCUGGCAUAGGCCAGUGGUUACGGCUCCGAUUGGACCCCUAGCCUGGGAACCUCCAUAUGCCAUGGGUGCGGCCCUAGAAAAGUCCAAAACACACACAAAAAAAUUAAAAAAUAAAAAGAGAAUCCCUUACUGACCACAUUGGUCCCAUAACAUCUGCUCCUGGAGAGGGUCCCUUGUCACUGGUCAGGAGUCCAUCUCAGCAGGAGCCCAGGGACUGCUCAAGGGCAUAGCCGUUGUGCGGUUCUGGGAGAAAACCAAGAGCGAGAUCCAGAUGCGGACUCUGUGCUCCGGGAUGGCCGAGGGAGAACCACAGGCAGGGCCCCAGGGAGGCAUGGAGGCAAAAAAGCAGGGACACAAGUGUUACAGGUGGCCACGGUCCCCAGUGCCGUUGGGCACAGCAUCCUAAGUGAGUGCCUUUUCAUUGAAUGGGUGAAUGGAGCCUGAGCUGGGAGAACCUUGUAAGGGGAAAUUGUGGGGCUUGAAUGGGGGACACAGCGGCUCCCCAGGACUUGCCUCACUGGGGAGAAAGAAUAGCCUCAGAGCAGGCUCAGAAGUAGGGAAGCAGAGGGCUUGGGGGAGAAGGCAGGGAAAAGGGAGCUUGCAGGGCUGGAGGGUGAGAACUAGAGAAAUGGGCUCUAAGCCAGAACCAAAGGGGGUCCCUAGGGGCAUGGGGCUAAUGCUGGGGAGGGGGUGCAGGGGGCCAGCAGUGGUGGCCGUCUUGGAGGCUCAGGCUGCCGGAUGGGCUUGGAACCUUGAGCCUAUGAUCAGCUUAGGCGUGAGAGAUUUGGGCUUCCAGACCAUCUGCUUUAUCCAAAGACUUUCAGCUGAUCAGGAGCCAGGAGGCUCAAACCCCAUCUUGUCUGGGUCGGGGACAAGUGGCUUGAAGUGCACGCUCUUGCUUGGCAGGACCUGGUCUCUCCGGGGCAGGAUGGCCCAGGAUCUCAGCGAGAAGGAGCUCUUGAAGAUGGAGGUGGAGCAGCUGAAGAAGGAAGUGAAGACCCCAAGAGCCCUGAUUUCUAAGACAGGGAAGGAAAUCAAAGAUUACGUGGAGGCCGAAGCAGGAAAUGACCCUCUUCUCAAAGGCAUCCCUGAGGACAAGAAUCCCUUCAAGGAGAAAGGCGGUUGUCUGAUAAGCUGAUGGCACUGGAGCCCCUCACCCAGACUGCCUGCCCCUCCUCAGCCCCCUCCUCAGCCAGAACCAAAUGUCCUGGGUCACCCAGGCAGCCGGUGGCUGUUCACUGUCUCUUAGAGAAUGAGUAAAGAUGCCCGGCUCCACGCACUGGCAGUCCGUGCCCUAGUCCUGCUUUGAACUCCUUUCUCGCUUCCCUCCACCACCUGCUGGGGCACUGCUGACCCCACUUGGAAAUGCGCUUGCAGAGCUUCCCCAGGGGCAGCGGGUGGCACCUUGUGGGGUCUGAAAAGACUGCAAUUCCCUGAGCCACUCCCCCACCCCCACCCCGGGGUGGGGGAGGGAAGUCCUUUGGCAACAGUUACUCCUUAGAACCCCCUCCCCUUUUCCCCUCCACUCUCUUCCUAAAACCCGUCAUUCCCAUUCAGGAGCUGGGUCGAGGACUGGAGUGGGGGCGUCCUUCUCCCCCCGUCACAUCUGGUCCCGGGGAAUUCCGCCUAGUCAUUUAGAUCACCCCAGCCGACCUGAGGACAAAGAGCCUGUAAAGUCAUGAUUUCUUCACUGUUA